GCUACAAAAACCUGUUAAAGGACACUGAAGCCGACUUAUUGGCGCUAGCUUAGCCUCGCUGCUGCGCCCUGUUAGCUGACCGUUGCCGUGGUAACGGAGCACGCCUUCGCCCUCCGCUCUGACCUGAAGAGGAGACGGGAACUCAAACAGGAUGUCUAACUGCCGGAGCAGCGUGGACCCUCGGCUGGAAAUAUUACAGUUUAAAGGCACAAUUAGCCUUCUCUUGCAGAACAAGUUCAGUUAUUCAUCGCAGGCCCAGAUGACAGACCGGACCGAACCUUUAAUCGCGGUCUUACCUUUUCUCCAGAGGCCGGACAGCAAAGCUGUUCUCCUGAUAGAGUCUGGGACCCGCGUUCACUCUACAGACUUCGAAUGGCCCAAGAACAUGAUGCCUUCAGGCUUCGCUAUGAAAUGCCGGAAACAUCUGAAAAGCCGGCGGCUGACGCAGGUUAAGCAGCUUGGAAUCGACAGGAUCGUUGACAUCCAGUUCGGAUCAGAUGAGGCCGCCUACCAUCUGAUCGUUGAACUCUACGACAGGGGUAACAUCAUCCUGGCAGACCACGAGUACACCAUCCUGAAUCUGCUGAGGUUUCGUACAGCAGAGGCAGAAGACGUUAAGAUAGUUGUGAGGGAGCGGUACCCCGUGGAGAGCGCCAGGCCACCAGAACCCCUCAUCACUUUGGACAGACUCUCAGACAUCCUAAGCCAGGCUCAACAUGGAGAUCAGGUGAAACGGGUCCUGAACCCACAUCUGCCCUACGGAGCCACUCUGAUAGAACACAGUUUGAUCGAAGCAGGACUGUCAGGCUCUCUAAAAAUGGACGGUCAAGCCCAUGUUUCUGAAGUUGCACCAAAAAUCCUGGAAGCUCUGCAGCUUGCUGAAACAUACAUGGAAAAAACGGAGAAAUUUAGUGGCAAAGGUUACAUCAUUCAGAAGAGUGAGAAGAAACCCAGUUUAACUCCAGGCAAACCCAGUGAAGAUCUCCUCACGUACGAUGAAUUCCAUCCGUUCCUCUUCGCCCAGCACAUCAACAGCCCUUAUUUGGAGUUUGACACUUUCGACAAGGCAGUGGAUGAGUUCUUUUCUAAGAUGGAGAGCCAGAAGAUCGACAUGAAAGCCUUGCAGCAGGAGAAACAGGCUCUGAAGAAGCUGGAAAAUGUGAAGAAGGACCAUGAGCAGAGGCUGGAGGCCUUGCACCAAGCGCAGGAGGUGGACAGAAUAAAGGGUGAACUUGUGGAGAUGAACUUGUCUGUGGUGGAGAGGGCGCUGCAGGUGGUGCGCAGUGCGCUGGCCAACCAGGUGGACUGGACUGAAAUCGGCGUUAUAGUGAAGGAAGCUCAGGCUUCUGGGGACCCUGUAGCCUGUGCCAUCAAGGAGCUGAAGCUGCAGACCAACCAUAUCACCAUGCUUUUAAAAAAUCCCUACAUUUCUGACGAAGAACAGGAUGAGGAAGAGAAGAUCAAGAUGUCUGAGGAUAAAGGAAAGAAAAACAAGAAUAAAGACAAAGGUCAGAACAAGAAGUUGCAAAGGAACAAGCCGAUGCUGGUGGAUGUGGACCUGGGCCUGUCAGCGUAUGCCAAUGCCAAAAGGUACUAUGACCACAAACGCAACGCUGAAAAAAAGGAGCAGAAAACCAUUGAAGCUGCGGGCAAGGCCAUGAAAUCCGCAGAGAAGAAGACACAGCAAACCCUAAAAGAAGUCCAGACAGUGACCACCAUCCAGAAGGCCCGGAAGGUCUACUGGUUUGAGAAGUUCCUGUGGUUCAUCAGCUCUGAGAACUACCUCGUCAUUGCAGGCAGGGACCAGCAGCAGAACGAGAUGAUUGUUAAACGCUACCUUCGGGCCGGUGAUAUCUAUGUUCACGCUGACCUUCACGGAGCAACUAGUUGUGUCAUCAAAAACCCCUCAGGGGAUCCCAUCCCUCCCCGUACUCUGACAGAAGCCGGCACCAUGGCUGUGUGCUACAGUGCUGCUUGGGAUGCCAAGAUUAUCACCAGCGCCUGGUGGGUCCACCACCAUCAGGUGUCCAAGACGGCUCCCACUGGAGAGUAUCUGACCACUGGGAGUUUCAUGAUCAGAGGGAAGAAAAACUUUCUCCCUCCCUCCUACCUGAUCAUGGGUUUUGGUUUCCUCUUUAAGGUGGAUGAGCAGAGUGUGUUUCGGCACCGUGGGGAACGAAAGGUGAAAACUGUUGAGGAGGACCUGGAGGAGGUCACCUCCAGAACUGCCGAGCUGUUGGAGGAGGGAGAGGAGCUCAUUGGAGAUGACAGCAGCAAUGAAGAUCAGGGUGAAGGAGGAGCAGAAGAGUCCAAGGAGGUGAAACCAGAACAUCUUGCUGAGAUGGACAACGAUGCAGAUGUGGACGCUGCUCCUGAGGAACCUGCAGAAGAUGCUGGUGGGCUGCAGUCAGAGCCCAGCAACAUGGAGGAGGUGAACGACGAAGACAGCGGUGUGGAAGACGAGACAAAGAGUGAUGAAUUCAGCUUUCCAGAUACAACCAUCUCCCUCUCUCAUUUACAACCAAACAGGACUGCUCAGAAUCCUGGCUUCAAAAAGGAAACAACUCAGGCUGAGGAGGAUUCACAGGGGAAGAAACACAUGAGUGCCAAGCAGAGAAAAGAAGAGAAGAAGAAGAAGCAGAAACAGGAGGGCUGUGAUGCUGAGGAGAAGACUGAGAUUUCAGCUGUGGAUCAGGGGUCCAAAAGUGGAGGAGGUCCUUCUCAGCAACCUCUGAAGAGAGGCCAGAAGAACAAACUGAAGAAGAUCAAAGAGAAGUACAAGGACCAGGAUGAGGAGGACAGGGAGCUGAUGAUGCAGCUGCUUGGGUCAGCUGGUUCUGCCAGGGAGGAAAAAGAUAAAGGGAAGAAAGGAAAGAAAGGGAAGGGAAAGGAGGAGCCUGUCAGGAAACCGGCCUCUCAGAAGCAGCAGCAGAAACCUCGACAUCUGCCGACUGAAGCGAUGAAACCGGAGCAACUAGGAGGAGAGGAGGAGGAAGAGGAGAAGCCACCUGGAGAGCAGCAGGAGGAAAAGGAAGAUGAGGCGGAUCAGGACAACCCUGGAGCAGAGGAAGCAGAGAACCUGCUGACGUCUCUGACCGGCCAGCCUCACCCUGAGGAUGUUCUGCUCUUCUCCGUCCCAGUCUGCGCUCCGUACACGGCCCUUUCCAACUACAAACACAAAGUGAAGCUGACUCCAGGCUCUCAGAAGAAAGGAAAAGCUGCUCGAACUGCGGUGCUCAGCUUUAUAAAAGCUAAAGACGCCUCAUCCAGAGAGAAAGACCUGUUCCGCAGUGUCAAGGAUGCGGACCUAUCCAGAAACAUGCCAGGGAAGGUUAAGGUGUCUGCUCCGAACCUGCUGGCUGCCAAGAAGAAAUGAUCACCGGCUGAAUCCAAACCUGCCAAGUUCUUGGGUUUCAUGAGACGUUAUUUUCCUUCCAGUGAUUAUGACCGCUUGUUCAAAAGAAGAAGAGCUCUUUAAUUGUAAAGAUUGUAUUGAUUGCAUUUACAGAAAAAUGUUAAAAAAGAAAAAAGCUGCAGAGACUUUA